GCAAUCCGUUUGUUAUGCAAUCGUCCAAGAACUAGAUGCGGUUUCGAAGUUGAUAGAUUGGGGUGAUGAUGAAGUUGAGGACAGGUGAAGAGUGGCAUUGAAACAAAAUCAGGAAGACGAGAGGAGAAUUGUUGAAGGAUGCCUGUAGAGAAUCAGAAGAAAUUCAAACACAGAAAUGGUAGAGAACUGUGGAAUCGUUAUGGAUAUUUCGUUCUGAUGCUGCUCUGCAUGUUUCUGGCGUCGAUCCAGCCGAAUAUGGGGAGUGCCAAUGAAUAUAUAAACGGUCAUAUUCUGGUUUGGUACAUAGCAGUACCUCUGACCUACCUCGAGGCCGGGCUCAUCUGCAGCCCGAGGUCUUUAUACUCUGCCGCACGAAAUGGAUAUCUCCUCUGCUUCAUCUUGGCAUUUAUAUACGUCCUGAUGCCACUACUGGCCAGGGUAGGAAGUUGUCUCCUGGUGUUUGCUAAUGUCAACACUUGGUUGCUGAAAGGAAUGGAGGUUUUCUACUGCAUGCCUCCACCCCUGAGUGUCAGCCUCGUCCUAACAAGACUAUCUGAUGCAGACAUGUCCACCAGUGUCGUAACAACUCUAGUUUCUCAUUUCGUUGGAAUUCUAGUCUCUCCACUUCUUCUUUAUUUGAUGUUGGGAGCCUCUACUUCUCUUCUAGUCGGAGUCAAUCUCCAGGAGAUAGCCUGCAGUACUCUAGUGCCUUUUGGAGUAGGUCUAACGUUUCAAAUGGCCUUCAAUAAUCUUCACGAGAAAUUUCGAACCAGUUGGUUCCCUCAGGUUCUACUCCUCGUCAGCGCCUAUCACUGGUUCUCUGAAGCUGUCACUGCGGACUCUUCAGCUCUGCAGGCAGUCGAUAUUCUGCUCUGUGUGCUAAUUGAUAUGGGUUUUCUCUAUUAUUCGUCAGCUUGUCUCGGGCAAAUACUGAUAACUGGAAUCUGUUGGAGCCUGUGCUCCAGGUGGUUAUCUAAGGCCAUCCUCAUGGCUUCACUCUACACGAUAAUGCACAAAUCUGUGGGGCUCGGAGGAUGGAUCCUCAGAGGGGCUUAUCAUGGUUCUGCUCAUGGUGCAGCGGUAAAUCUCCCUCUGGCAAUUCUACCAGUGGCUCAGCUCCUCCUUGGGAGUCUCCUCGCCUGCUGGAUGGCACCCUGAUGACGAAUCAACACACCAGACCAUCGAACAACCGCUGGUUCAUGUGACAAUGAUCGUACUCUAAGUGAUUAUGUAGAAAUUAAAUUAGGAAAUCAUGGAUUAGAGACUUAAACCAUUUUGUAUUGUUGCCGCAAUCGUAUUAGCUCGACAAAUUGUAAAAAAAAAUGUGAAGGCCAUAUUAUUAGCCAUUGAUAUUCUUUGAAAAUUUCAUGUAUUAAAUCCGAAGAUCGAUUUACGAAGAAGUCACAUAGUGAAUUAAAGAGAUUGUUCUGAAGAAAUUAAAAAAAUUACAAUCAUUUUUUAAUUAUAAA